AACUACCGCCGUUCCCUUUCGUUCCGUUCCCUUUCGUUUCGUUUCGAGGAUGCCGCAGCAAUCCUACUACGACAUCGACGCCAUUCUGGCCGAGGAGGAACUCAUCCCCUGCACCACCCUCUUUGAGUUUUCCCACCUCGCCGGCCUCGACCCCGACGGGGCCCACCACCGGAAGCAGCAUCCACAGCAGCACGAGGSCCCCGAAGACGACGCCGGCGGGUCCUCCGCGUACCUGCCGGAAAACAGCCGGAUCAAGGUCCCCCUGUGGGCCGUGGAAACCUGGGCCACCCUGGGCUUUGUCCGGUUGCAGCUCCCCCGCCACUACGGGCGGAGGGCCCGGGAACGCUACGACGCGGACCCGGGGGACGCCAACCUCAGGUAGGUUUUCUUUUGUACCGUACCCCGGAGCGUCGGAUCGCGGGAUUGCAUUGCAUUGCUUUGGAUUGGAUUGCUUUGCUUUGGAUUGGAUUGCUUUGCUUUGGAUUGGAUUGCUUUGGAUUGGAUUGGAUUGCUUUGGAUUGGAUUGCAUUGAAUUGGAUUGGAUUGGAUUGCAUUGGAUGCCGCGUUCCGCGAAACGACCCGGUCUCACCCCCCCCUCCUGCCACCGUUUUUCUUUUCUCUCUUUGGCGUGUGCGUUUCCCCUUUUGGGCGGCCCGCUUCUCUAGGAGGCGCAACGAGCGCUUCUUUUUGUCGGGCCGGAGGCUGGUCCACCUGAUCGAGCAGAGCUCCACGCAGGUCGCCCGGGCCAUCGCCUCCCUCCCGCGGUCCCGCAACAGCAGCAACACCAUGAUCCGCCACACCCAGGCCCUCCGGCAGGUCUCGGAGGAGGCCCGGUCCCUCAGGAGGACCCUUCUGCAGACCUACGCCGGGGAGCGCCUCCGCAAGGUCUUUGACUGGUCGCAGAGCGGGAGCAGCACCACCGGGAGCGGGGACGUCGACGACGACGUCUCCGGGUACCUCGGCCAGCUGACGGAGAUGGAGCAGCGGCUCUACUAUUCCGGUGCGAAGGCGGUGGCGGACCUGGAGGAAUGGAAGGUCUACGGGAACCGCCGCCUCUGGAGGGGCCCGCCGGCGGCGCCGACCAACGAACCACACAACCCCUCCAACCCUGCGACCGACUCGCCGGCGGGCGGGGCCCAGAGCCACAAGCGAUCCGUCGUCACUCCCGGGGAAGAGACGAGGCAGCUGGAGCCAAAGGAGCAGCGCCGGAGGCUGGGGUGAGUCGGCGGAGUCGGCGUCUCUGGCCCGAGAGACGGGCCGGUGUGGUAGGGCUCGGCCGAAACUCGUGGGAACAACGCAACACAAUAAUAAUUUAAAAAGAAA